AUUAGUCUUGACCUUUCCUCAGAUGCGGAAGGUCAUUCCGUAAAAUUCUGUCGAAGAUUAUAAUGUUCAAAUUUAUUUGCUGUGUAAAGAAUCUGCUGAUAUAGUGGAUCGCUUAGUUAAUUCCUUUUUAAUGAGUACGAAAAGUUGUACAUUGAAAUGUGUACCCCUGGGGGUGGAGAUCGAUUUGCCGGAUGGUGUGGCUGUCGUUCUGGGAAGAGGAAGAAGGACAAAAAUCAAAGAUCCGAAAUGCUCUCGCAUACAAUUGGAAUUGACUGCCGAUUAUGAAAAAAUGAACGUGUUGGUACGUCAGUUGAGUCCUAAUCCGUCCAAGGUGCGAAACAAGAAAGAGUUGCAAAAAGGAGAGGCAGAUACGUUGCUGCAUUACAGUCUGGUAGAAUUUGUGCCGGGACAGGAAAAAUUCAGGAUUGAAUUUGACCCUCCUCCUUCUUUGAAAACUGUUGGUUCCCCAAUUAAGACAAACAAAGCAUCAUUGAAGCGAGGAGCACCAACUCAAGCAAAAGUCGAUGAUGCCAAAAAGCAGAAAGUUGAAGCUUCUGUGGGUUGGUCAAGUCUGGAGAAUGACAAACUACUUGCUUGGAUGCCUUCGGGAAUUGAGCACUCUGAAAAGAUAGCCGCGUACGACAUGGACGGGACUUUGAUCACCACCAAGUCCGGAAAGGUGUUUGCCACGAAUAAGGACGAUUGGAGAAUUAUCUACUCGGAGGUCCCAAAGAAGCUGAAGUCGCUCGUUCAGGACGGCUUUAAAAUUGUCAUUAUGACGAAUCAGUCUGGGGUCAGUGCGGGAAAGGUGACGAUCAAAGACUUGAAGUCGAAAUUGGAAGCUGUUGUCGCUGGGCUCGGGGUUCCUGUUCAGGUUCUGGCUGCCACUGAUACUUCGGUAUAUCGGAAGCCUAACAUCGGGAUGUGGGAGUAUCUUGAGAAACAGGCGAAUGACGGGAUUCCAAUCGACCGAUCGAAGUCCUUCUACUGCGGUGAUGCCGCCGGAAGACCAGCGAAUUGGCAACCGAAAGCAAAAAAGGAUUUCAGCUGCGGAGACCGGCUUUUCGCGGUGAACCUAGGCAUUGAUUUCUUCACUCCUGAAGAACACUUCCUCUCCUACAAACCAUCUCAAUUUUCAAUCGCGUCCUUCGACGCCAAAGCCUAUUCUUCAACGGUUGCGUCCUUGUCCAUCACUAAUCCGCCGUCUGCCAAAAUCGUCACGGAACAAGGGCCAGAAAUUGUUAUUAUGGUUGGUUUUCCGGGAUCCGGGAAGAGUACGUUUUGCAAGGAUCAUCUGCAAAGCGCUGGUUACGAAGUCGCGAAUCGGGACACGGUCGGCACUUGGCAAAAGUGUGUCAAAAUUUUGCAAGAUGCUUUGGGUGCCGGAAAGAGUGUCGUGAUUGACAACACGAACGGGGACAAAGCUUCGAGGAAACGCUAUCUGGACAUUGCGAAAGAGAUGAAGAUCCCUGCUAGAUGUUUUGUCAUGGAGACUACCUAUGAACACGCCGCUCAUAAUAACCGAUUCAGAGAGUUGACUGACCCCUCGCAUAUGAAGAUCAGCUCCAUGGUGUUCAACAUGUUCAGGCGUACGUUGUUAAACGAAUGUAGCCGUGUGCCACGAGUGCCUUACGAUUUAAUUGACUUCGCCGUUUUCCAUGAUCCUUCCGAAGAGCCAGAAUGUGGGAAAUUCGGCGCAAGUUUUGUUCGUCUCAAGGCUCCAGGAGCUGACGAAAAGUUGAGCACUUGA